CAUCCAGUGACCAGGAGACACCAGAUCCCAGAACUCCCAGUAGACGCGGACACUGCCGGACAUGGGGCUCUGGGGGCUGAGGUCUCUGCUGCUCCUCACCUGUUUUCUGGGGCCCCAUGUAAGAGCUGAGGGAUCCCAAGAAGAUGAGGACCAUGAAGCCCACCCAUCAGGUCCAGGUCAUCAUCACUGGGGCUACACCGAUAAGAUGGAAUGGGACAAGUAUUUCCCGGAGUGUGGUGGGAAGGCGCAGUCCCCUAUUAAUGUUGACAUACAGAAUGUUGCCUUUGACCCUUGGCUGAGGCCGAUUCAGCUCUCUGGCUAUAACCUGACAGCUGGAGGAACCCUGAAGUUGGAGAACAAUAUGCAUACAGUGGUUUUGAAACUACCUGAUAGUCUGAAGAUAGUUGGCGGUCUCCCUCAUAUUUAUGAAGCAGCACAGCUCCAUUUCCACUGGGGUUCACAUAGCAGUCCAGGGUCAGAGCACACUGUAAAUGGGAUACGAUUUCCCGGAGAGAUCCAUGUGGUUUACUUUAACUCUGAGUACCAGAGUAUGGACCAAGCAUUAAACCAGUCCGGAGGCCUUGCUGUGUUGGCUGCGUUCAUAGAGGAAGGACCUGAAGAUAAUGAAGCUUACGAGCAUCUUCUGUCACAUCUGGAGGAGGUGAAGGAUGGUGGAGAAAGCAGAGAGAUUCCUGGAUUUGAUAUUCGUGGAUUGUUACCUCAGCAGCUGGACAGAUACUUUCGGUAUAAUGGAUCUCUCACCACUCCACCAUGCCUCCAGACUGUCAACUGGACCAUCUUCAACCAGACUGUUCCUCUGUCUGCCAGACAGCUGGCCAUCCUGGAGGACACCAUCCACCAUGAUCAUGACCACAUCCUACAGUUGAACUUCAGAGAACCGCAGGCUCUCAAUGGACGUGUAGUGUUGUCCAGCUUCAGGGCGCCGGUGGGAGGUCGGAAGGCGCCCGGAGUAGCUCCUCCAGCUUCGCCCUCUGACACUGAUGAUCCCUCAUCUCGCAACACUGAGACAGGUUCUCAUGGCCAGCAGCACCCUUCACUGGGAAUAGGCGACAUGCUGGCCAUUAUAUUUGGCAUCCUCUUUGGUCUCACAGCCAUGGCAUUCUACAUAUAUGUGAGGAAGAGCCGCAAAAGAAACCACAGUCAGACAGCCCAUCAGGAGGGGGGAUACUGGCUCGUCCAUCAGGCUGCGCACUCCUCAGAGACCCGAAAUCAGAAGGGGCCCGUCCGGGAAGAGGACUGA